AAUGCAUAGGGGAGGGGGAGGGGGAUAUUUAUUGGAACGACUGGACCCUCUGUCUUAACCCCCCCCUGUUCUCUCUCGCUCUCUCUAUCUCUCUGUGCCCAAGCCCUCCAACUCCAGGAUCAACGGGGAGGAGGAGGAGGAGGUAGAGCUGGAAGAGGAGAGAAUAAACUCCGUUCUGCUGCCACAUGUUGCUGUGUCUCAUUGAAGUGCUGCAGUAGCUGCUUCCUGCCCCUUGUUUUGCAUUGGACGUCUUAACCAGCGAGAUGUGGCCACUGCAUCUGUAGUUCCACCUGUGGCAGCACUCCUAUUCCCUCUACGCCACAGUGAGAGACAGAGAGAGAGAGAGAGAGAGUGAGAGAGAGCAAGUCUGGGAGGAAGAACAAAACAAGAGGACAGGGGAGAGCUGAAAGAGGUCUGGGUGGAGGAGGAUAUCUUUCAUGAUAAGUGGACUUCUGAUUGAGAGGCAUCCUCGCUGCACGUCCAGCUGACACAAAUGAAAGCUCAAAUGUGCAAAGGACCCUGUUAACCUCCCGAGGACUCCGUCACGUCAUAAACGAUUACUGAGGUUGGAAUUCCGAUAAAACCCGCUACACUGAACUGACAGAAUAAAACCAGCACCAUGCCUGGACUCAUUAACAAGGAGAAUCAGAGUGCCCUGCCCCUCAGUGUCUCUGAUAUCACUUCCUGUGUCAGGGGUUAUUCUCUGGCUCUGACAGCCUCGAUGACCUAUGAAAAUAUUGAGGACCAUGCAAUUGAGGGGAUCUUCAUUUAUCCUCUGGAGGAAAACUCCAUUGUUGUAGGGUUUGAGGCUAUGAUAUCCCAUCAGAUCAUAACAUUGCAGAUCAAAGACAAGGCAAAAAUUGAGGACUGUUAUUUGGAUUGCUGCAGCACCGCUAAUGGAGUCCUUCAGAGUGGCAGCGGACACAUCGUGCUGGAUGAGGAUUUGGAGAGGACAGUGUUGGUAGUUAACCUCGGGAUCAUCCCUCCUAUGGAGACUGUCCACAUUCUGGUGAGCACCUCCUCAGAGCUUACCACCCUGCCCAGUGGGGGCAUCAGGGUCUCAUCUCCACCGGUGUGUACGCCUCGAGUACAAAGGACCAUCAAUGAGGAGCAGGGACUGUCUCCAAACUUCUCCCGAGUGCGGGACAGGCAACCCUCAAGUCCUCACGAUCAAACGCCCAACUCUCCUCAGCUGUGGUUGACCUCGCUGCUGGAGGAGGAGGCCAUCAACUCCAUGGACUACAAGUUUAACUUCCAGCUGGAGAUACAUGCUCCCUACCUCCUAGCAGGUGUGGAGAGCCCAUCUCAUGCCAUCCGAGCUGAUGCGGACCCUCUGGCCCGCUCCGCCACCAAUGUCGUCAUCACUUUGGCGGACAAAUACACUUACGACUGUCCUGUCAGCAUCCUCAUUUAUCCCAGUGAGCCUCAUCUGCCUCAUGUGCUCAUCGAGAAUGGAGACAUGACACUGGAAGAGUAUGAUGAGUAUCUUCAUGGCCGCAGUGAUUUCAUCAAGGCCACUAAAAAGGACCCCAGCAACGAGAGGAAAGUAGAUAUUAUUCACAGGCGACUCCAUAAAGACAUCCUUCACAACCCUGUGGUGAUGUUGAACUUCUGUCCUGACCUCAAGUCAAUCAGCUCAGACCUGAGGAAGGUUCACGGAGAAUUCAUCUUCCUCAUCGACCGCAGUGGCAGCAUGAGCGGCGUUAACAUCAACCGUGUCAAGGAUGCCAUGGUGGUGAUCCUGAAGAGCCUUGUGCCUGGCUGCCUAUUUAACAUCAUAGGCUUCGGCUCCACGUUCAAAUCACUGUUUACAGCCAGUCAGAACUAUGAGGAGGAGGCCCUGGCUCUGGCCUGUGAGUAUAUCAGGAAGAUCAGAGCCGACAUGGGAGGAACCAACAUCCUGGCGCCGCUCAACUGGAUCCUGAGGCAGCCAAUGUUCAGCGGACACCCUCGCCUGCUGUUCCUGCUCACAGAUGGAGCCAUCAGCAACACAGGCAAAGUUAUUGAGCUGGUCCGCAGACAUGCACGCUACAUCAGAUGCUUUACAUUCGGAAUUGGACAAAACGCCUGCCGGAGGCUGGUGCAGGGAUUGGCAUCAGUCUCUAAAGGAAGAGCAGAGUUCCUAGCUGAAGGGGAGAGGCUGCAACCCAAGAUGAUAAAGUCCCUGAAGAAAACCCUGUCUCCAGUGCUCAGUGACAUUUCCAUUGAAUGGCUCUUUCCUGAGACCAAAGAAGUGCUACUCUCUCCAGUGGGCAACACCUUCUUGUUUCCAGGGGACCGUCUGAUUGGCUACAGUGUGGUUUGUGACACCACCCGUUACCAUGCCAACCCCAAAUCUGAUAAGAGGAGGCGAUACAGCAUGAUGCGCUCGACUGAAUCAGCCAGUUCAGUGUUUUACCACUCUCAAGAGGAGGACCUGGUGAGGACGGGUGCUGAGUGUCCCUACAGAGAGCCGCUCUCUGGCCCUCUGUAUGACUCCUACCAGGACUCCACGACAGACAGCAGCCCUGUCACCACAGAACAAGACACCACUGGGCUGGAUAAGACAUCGCCAAGAAGGCGGGCGUACAGCACCAACCAGAUCACAGACUACAACCCAGUUAAGAAGGUCUACACUCCCAGUGACCCCAGCUCUGUGGUGGGCAAGAAUCCCCUGAGGAGAGCCAAGGUCCAAGAGCUGAUUGGUCAGAUGAGUCCCGAGCAUGAGGCGCAGUGGAAGAUCGACUACCAGCCACAGCUGGCGAGCCUGUGUGCCACAUCAUCUCGGGGGCAUCCUGCCAGCUGCCACAGGCUGCUUCCGCAGCAGGAGCCGCUGCAGCAGCAGGAGGCUGCCUCAGAGCCUCAUCCCCAGGUCCAGGACAACCCUGUGCUGAGCAGCAGCAGCAGCAGCAGCACCAGCGGAGGCGGCGGUGGUGGUGUUGUGUUGCCUGCAGCUCGAAACACUGCUGUGGAACAUGCAUCCAGAUCCUCCAGUGACAGUCCAUCUGUUGGUAGCAUCGGAGAUGCUGAUGGUUAUGGACACCAGUUAUGUCAAGCCGAAACGCCACAGGAGACCCAUAUUAUUUCAGACCUGGAAACAAAACACAAAGCCGACUGCAAAGCUGUGGUGUCUGGACUACUGUGCGGAAAGCCGAUGAAGUGGGAGGUGGUCUUUGAUAUCAAGCCGCACUUGAUCGGACGAGAACGAGAGGAAAAGGUUCACGAGGAGCUUUGGAACGAGACCUUCCACCAUCUGGCCGGUCACUCCAUCAUAUACGAUUUUGAGCACAUGGCGAAGAAAGAGUGUGAGAUUGAGCAUGGCUCUGGCAGGAAGUACCAGAUAUAUGCCAUUCAGACCAGCAAAGCCUGCAAUAUACUGAGCAAAUACACCGCGUUUGUGCCCAUCGACCUGGACACUAAUGAGUAUUUGCAGACGUGCAUUGAAUACAUGAACCCGAGCGAAGGCCUGAAGAAGGGCUCACACUCCAGCUCUCGUUCUGGAAGCAGGAAGAACAGAGGUUACUCUAUUGGACUGGGUCGCUCACAAUCUGGCGGCAUGUCGGAGGAAGCUGAAGACAGCCACCCGCCCAACAGUGGAGAGGAUGGUGUCUCUCCAUGCAGCACUCCUUCCUCCUCUGGCUGGGAGAGGUGUAACUUCACAGAGGUCUCCCAAAGGAGUCCGUCUGUAACCUCUGACCAAUCUCAGAAAUCGGUGGAGAGCCUUUUUUCUGCCAGGUUGGCCCUCAGCAGAACUCGGCUCCUGACUCGAGCUGCCAAAGGCUUCAUGAGCCGAUCUCACAGCAAGUCCGGUGAUUCAAUCGGAGAGAGCGACAACGAGAACAAAGACUACAUUCCUCUGCUGUUGUUGCAGUUGGCUUGUGGUGCGUUCCCCCUGGACACAGCUCUGUGUGAAGCCAUCAAUGUGCCCAUGGACAAGCUGAAAUGGACAUCCCCCUUUACCAGCCACCGCACCAGUCUGGGCCACUUGUCUCACUCUAGCGGCCGCCGUGCUGAGAGAGCCGAUGAUGGGCAGAGAUUACCGUGUGGAGCAGAAACAUAUCAGCAUCCAGCAGACCAGACUGUAAGCACCCGCAGUCCCUCUCACUCUCCCAGGAGCGCCUGCACAGAUUUUGCUCAUUCCUCAUUAGGAAGCCCGUCCCCGGCUGCCGAGCCUCCGCUCUCUCCAGGCUCCCUGGUGGACAGUGGACAGUGCUCCGGGUCAGGGGUGAUGGAAACAGCAUCACCUGGUGGUGUCAUUAAGAGGAUGCUGAAUCUCGAGAGCAUGGUGUGGGCCACAGCUGUGGCUCUGGCCUGGUUGGAGCACAGCUCCGCCAGUUAUUUCAUAGAGUGGGAACUGGUAGCCGCCAAGGCCAGCAUGUGGCUGAGUGCGCAGGACAUCCCAGAAGGCCGAGAUUUAGCGUCCGUCAAGGCCGCCGCUAACCAGCUGUUCAUCAUCCUCAGGCACUGGGAUGAAAACCUGCAACUUAACAUGCUCUGUUACAACCCUAAUAGUGUUUGAGGCCUGAUUAAGCCCAAGGCUAAGAGUACUUAAUCCAAUAUGAUACUAUGCUAAUAAGGCUGUGCUAUUUUUCUUAUUUUUCAUUCAGCAUUAUGUUCUCUGGAGUCUGAUUUCGCCAUUGCAGUUGUGAACAAUGUGUAUCCUCUGUUCGUAUGCUGUUUCUUCAAACAUAUCACAGGCUCCUCAGAGGCAAGUGCAAGCUGUUACCCUGCUGGUGCCAUAUACUGUAGCUGCAUCCCUGUUCGCAAGGGAUCUAACCAGAGUUAUGCCGCAGUUUAAUUGAGUUUAAUGGAGUGUAAAGAAUGUGAAUUAGUAGCAUGCUGGACCACUGACCACCAACAUUUGAGAAAAGCUCUUAUUGUCAUCAUAUUGAUGUUAUCGGAAGAAUGGAGUUGGGAGAAAACUGUUGUACUGAUUGACAUACACUGUUUUACAUCUUUACAGCAUUUCUGUAUUGAUUGUAUUGUGUGGAGAAAAAAAUGUCUGGGUAGUUGCUAGUAGUACUGCCAGUCUUUUUUGAUAGCUGUUAUGAUUACAGUGUUAUUAAUAUUUGCCAUUUUGCAGUUGAUUAUAGCAGACAGAAAAAUAUGCAAAAAUGCUAAAGAAAAUAUUAAGUAUGUGUCAAAGAGUUGUUUUUUAUUUUAUUUAAUUUUUUUUAAAUGUGGCUUUGGUGGGAAUUUAUGAAUGUGUUUCCCACUGGCAUGUUAUUUAUUAUUAAUGAUACAUUAAUGUAUGUUUGUUUUUCAUCUGCGUAUCUAGAGAUUUUGGUCAUGCAUCAUUAUUUAUUUAUUUUUUUUGAAUUUAGAAAGAGUUCACAGACCUGGAGCUGGUUGCAACAUUUGUUUGAAAUUCAAAAUUAGCCUAGUUAAAAUAAACAAAAUAAUACAAGAACUAGUUUCUAGUUAUGUAACAUGUUUUAAAUAGUGAGCUAUUUGAUCCAUGAGUAUGUUAUUGGACAUAGGCCUUACUAAUUUCAAAUAUGUUACGUCAACAAGUAUUUACACCCCGUAACUGCCGGAUGUGUGGCAAACUGAACCAUCUAACAAAGCCAAAGAGUGCAAUAUGGUCAACACUUGAAUAAAAAUGCUGCUAAAGAAUGUAAUUUGAGGUUAUCAUUUAAAUUCCACUACUUGUCAGUAAGUGACAAACUGGAUUUACAAACAGCUGUAGUAACCUCGUCCUAAUCUGGGCAGCGUCAACAGCCCUUUUCCAGGAAUGGGAUAGGAAAGGUCCCUGCUAGGUCAGUCCUUGUCACAGCUCAUUUACCGCAAGUGCCUAACCAAGGUUUAAAGUCAGCAGAAAAUGUAGUUGUGUUUGCUCCUGUUAAGUCAGCGUGGAUAAUGACUGUUUUUCCUAGAUAGUACAGUUGGUAAAGUUUAUGUUAAAAUAUUUUGGUGGCCUACGUGGGCAUUUUUCUGAUUGAUUUUUCUAUUUGUUAUUCCAUCACAGUGUUGCUUUACUCAGGUAUUUGUUUUUUUUCACCUCUCAGGCUGAUUGUACAAGUACUUCUGCAUGGACACGUGUUUGUUAUGAUGUGUAACGACUGAAUUCAUACUUUGGGGCCUGAAGUGCAGUAUUUUCCCCCCUCUGAAAUAAGAAAUACAGUAGAUGUCAUAUUAUUCCUGUGUGCUGUAAUUGCAGUAGUAAGUGCAACUGUGGUUGUAACAAUCUGUAUUUUUUUAAUGUACUGGGUCAAUUGUAUAGUGCAGUAUCUUUCGAUUUGCUGUGUGUGCCUUUACAAAUGAUUGUUGACCGUUUGAGGCUGUUGAAAAUCUUCUGUAGUGUCUUUUUAACUGUCGAUGCUAUGGCCAGCUCUGCAGGUGCAUGUAAUAAAAUGAUUCUACAAUCAA